ACUCCUCAAAUUGUCGAAAACGAAAGCACAGUGAGUUCGGAACCGAGGAAGCAAUCUGAACUUGUUCCACCCUCCACUAAGGAGACAUUGGCAACAACCCCCUCCAGGACUGUGGUGUGGCAUUAAUGUUGACGAGAGGCUUUCUUCCUUGGCAUUUUCUUCUACUGUUUAACUGGAGGCGAGUUGCAUCUCAUCGUCUUGAAUUUCCGUGUGUGUUGCAGGCAAAAGCUUUUGUCUCCCCUUGGCUUUUCCCGUCUCUUCGCUGUCGUGGGCGAUCAUCUGGCGAUGGUACGCAGUCACUCGGCGAACAGUUCCUCGCCUUCACAUGUGCACUGAAGUGCAGUUUCGUAUCCAGACUUCUUGCCUUCCCCAGCAGUACUGGCUCCACACUCUAGUGGGAACCAGGACCCUCAACAAGCCCUGGGCAUAGCCUGCGUCCAUCCAGUUCCUAGACAGGUGGCGCCCCAGAAUCCAAUCCGCGUCUUCUGCGCAGACUCGCCGCACUGCGGAGAACCGCUGCACUACACUGAAGCUCGGUAAACAGAGAGCUUCGAGCUCUGACCCCCUUGACCAACGCCCCCUUUCUCCUCGGUGUCGCAUUGUCCUCUUCCUCUUCUGCAACAUGCCUCUCGCACCCAGCGUGGGUUCCCGCGUAGUUCAAGGAGCAAUGGCAGAAGAUGGUCGUUCCAAGGCGCCGAAGGCGGCGAACAAGUCCGGGAAAUUGAAGAAGCAGGAGAAAGCCAGUCGCCGUCUGAAACGGGAAGAACAGAGAGCCGCUGCUGCGGCAGUUGAACAGACCGUCCGUACAGCUAAGGGACUCGCUAACUUCUUCGCGCUGGCGACGCCGAACCGGCGUUUCCGUGGAGGCCAAGGAGCCUCGGCUGCUUCAGGUCAACAGCCUCAGGAGAAGCCUGUCGAAAAGAGAGACUUCGCGAUCUACGACUGUCCCGCGCCGGCGCUCUUGGCGGUGAAUGCCUCCCUCAGUGAAGAGAUCUUCAAGAUAACCAGCGAGAACAUGAAGAACCUGUACAACAAAGUCAAUUUCAUGGAAAAGGGAUGGGACGACGACUUCAAGCGGAAGGAACUCACUCACGAAGACGCUCGCCUCCUCGUCGUGCUGACGGAGGCAGACGAGACUAGCACUCCUGUUUCCCGCGAGUCCGACGACAGUGCCGCGCUCAAGGAUGUUUCUCCCCAUCGUCUUGCUGGAUUCCUUCACUACCGAUUCGAAGUUGAAGAGGCGACUGCUGUGGUGUACGUCUACGAACUUCAAAUCAAGAGGGCCUACCAGCGCAUGUCUGUAGGGCGUCGGUUGAUGCUUCUCCUGGAGUUGGCGGCGCGUGCCUUCAACAAAGCCAAUGGUCCUUUGAAAUUCGAUAAAUUGAUGUGCACUGUGAUCAAAGAGAACGAGGGUGCCGUGCGGUUCUACAAGACUCUCUGCGGGUUCGUGGUAGACGAGAGCGACCCGUCCAACUUCGUCAAUGAGAAGCUCCAAGAACAGCUGCUGCAUGCACUGCAGAAGAGCAGCAAGGGCAGCGCCGCAGCGAAGAUGCUCGAGCAAGCACAGGAGGAGGAGGAAGAAGACGAAGAAUGCGAAUACGAAAUCCUGAAAAAGAAUCUAUAACUUCCCUUGCGAACAUAAAGCCAAUGAUAACUCUACCGCCUUCUUCAGACAUAGGUUGACAUCCAAAUGCAGACGUGCUACCUCGACGACUUGCACAUCUACCUAUAUCCACAUAUAUAUAUAUGUAUAUAUGUAUAUAUGUAUAUGUAUAUGUAUUUAUGUAUAUGUGUGUAUGUGUGUACACGAGACUGUAUGUGUGUGCCUGUAUACCUAUAGAUACAAAUGUGUAUUUGUAGUGUGGAAGAUGGAGUCGUUUGUUUUGUGUAGCGACGUAUGGACGUGGCGGCGUUUGUCCUGCCUGUAACAAGAAUGGGAUUUCUUGUAAAAUUGGAGUUUCUGUUGGGGACAUUCUAAUUUGCGGGCGCUGUCUCUGACAGCAACCUCGCUGGAGCCCUCUGGGAUUUUCACGAAAGGUACAGAUGAUUCUGAGGGACUUCCUUUUGUUUUUGAUUUCUUGGCCUGAACAGCAAGUGCAGAAAAAAAGACAACUGCGACGGCACCCACGCUGAUUGAAGAUCAAAUGCUAGUCC